AGUUUUUCUACCACAAGCCGUUCACUGUAAUUGUGCUUCUUUUUUCUUGUUUUUCCAAGACAAAACAUAUUAAAAGUGUACUUGAUCGGUAAAUGGACGAUAAGAAAACAUCAGAGGCAUAGUGGUCUGCUUGAUUGUUUUUUGCAAGACGUCUGCCAUCUUAACCCCCUUUUGUUUUAAAGACUUAUUCAAUCCACCUAUUAUAUCAUAAUGAGUAAAAACGUUGAAAUAAAAGCUAAAAUAUCCGAUAUCAAAACUUUUUUGCAGUUAGCAUCGUCAAUAGCUGAUGGGCCUGCCCAGAUCUUGGAACAAGUGGACACUUAUUUUAAAGUGGAUAACGGACGCUUGAAACUCAGACGUAUACAGGGUGAAGAUGCAGAGUUAAUUUUUUAUGAUCGACCGGACACUGAAGGACCAAAACUGUCAAACUAUUCUAAACAAGAAUUUAAAAACUCCGAAGAAGUUAAAGGGUUGUUAGAUGUAUUAACUUCAUCUUUAGGAGUUCUUGGAGAAGUAAGAAAAACUAGACACUUACUAAUGAGUGGACAAACGAGAAUUCAUGUAGAUAAUGUACAAAAUUUAGGAUGUUUCAUGGAAUUAGAAGUGGUAUUAAAGGAAAAUGAAACAUUAAAUUAUGGAAAACAAAUUGCAGAUGAACUAAUGGCUAAAUUAAAUGUUAAUCAAGAAGAUCUUAUUUCUGGUUCUUAUUUGAAUUUGUUAACUAAGCCAUCAAAUUAAAAGAUAUUUCUUGUACUAUAAUUUUUGACUGUUAUUUUGAUGUAAUUUUUCUUCAUGCAUCAAACCUUAUCAUUUGUACAACAUAAUAAUAUUAAAAAGAUUUAUUUUUUUAAAAAUUU